CGCUUUACAGCUGCCCAUGCUGGUUGGACCAUCCCCAGUCGGUACUUGAGUGAGUGGGCGCUUGACAGAGUUAGCACCUCGAAGGUGCAGGAGGUGUGACAUAGUCCCAGCCUACCACGCAUUCAUUCGUACCAGAUUAAGCUAUUGCAUGAUGCUGCAAGCAGAAGGCCUGGCACAGGCGAUUUACCAUCCCUGCCAGACUUAACAUCUUCAGACGCCUCCUCUCUGCUCGGCUAACGUCUCCUCGGGAAGGACUGCCCAGAGUCAUCCGCAACUCUACUAACAAUAUCACCCAAAGGGAUGACUGGAGGUCACCUUGCACAGGAGUAAGAGAGGCAGCAAUGGGCUGGACUAUGACUCUGAAAGAUGACUUUGGGGUCAGCGCCUGGACACGGCACACUGGGAACUUCCUCAGCCUUUUCCUUCUCAUCUCGUCUCUCUUUUCCAUUCCAGCCCACUCGGACAUUGUACUUUCCAAAGCCCAUCAUUUUUCAUGGAAAGCAGGCUCGUGGGGUCAGUGUGUCGGGGAGGUGUGUGGCUCAGGUGGGGUUCAGACAAGGACAAUAUGGUGUGUCCACAUGGAGGGCUGGACGACCCAUAACUCGCACUGCCAGCACGUGGAAAAACCAGAAAGCAAAAGGCAAUGCUUUAAGGUCUGCGACUGGCACCAAGAUCUUUUUGAAUGGGAUAUUUCUGACUGGGGGGCUUGUGUUCUUGUCCCUUUCUUUUCUAAUGAACUCAAGAUGAGGACUACUGAGUGCAUUACAGCACAGCAUGGCAUUCAGAAGCGCAAUAUCCACUGUGUUCGCACUUCCAAUCGAAGCACUGUCAGCAUAAGGAUAUGCGAGUUCUUCUCCCAGAAGCCACCUGUGGAGCAGGCCUGCCUCAUCCCCUGCCCUCAGGACUGUGUGGCUUCAGACUUUACCUCAUGGUCGAGUUGCAGUAAAACUUGCGGUGCUGGUCUACAGCAUCGGACUAGACACGUCCUGGCCGCGCCAAUGUAUGGAGGGGCUAACUGCCCUAAUCUAACCGAGACCAGGACUUGUACUAACUCCGUUGACUGCCCUGUUGCAGAGGGGGAGUACCAGUACAGCCUUAAAGUAGGGGCCUGGAGUAAGUGCCGUCUACCCCAUAACAAAGACGCCGUCUUAAAUGGAAGGACCACAGUGGACUUUGGUGUUAGCUCCAAUGAGAACAACUCUAUCACGACACAAACACUGGAUUCUCACCACCAAUUCCGUCAUCACCAGAACCACCAUGGUCAAGCUCACAUAAGGUACCCGAUGUCAUGGGAGCUGGAAGUGGGAUAUCAGACACGACAUGUACGCUGUGCGAGAAGUGAUGGCAAGAAUGUUAUGCUAAGUUUAUGUACCAAGGACACCUCCCCACUGACCUUCCAGGCAUGUGUGAUGCCCAAAGACUGUCAGACCUCUGACUGGUCAUCGUGGAGUUUCUGCUCAAAGACCUGCCGAUCCACCGACCUGUCCCCUGGGUAUCGCGUCCGGACACGGAUCAUGACACAGAUCCCACAUGGAGGAGGAAAACAAUGUCCUGCACUCGAAGAAAAGGAAGCCUGCAACAUCAUAGGAGAUUUACUUCCCAAAUGUCCCAGGUACACCUGGAGGACCACUGACUGGGGUGAAUGCCACAUCCGACAUUUACUGGGCCAGCAGGAUCGACGGCGGGCUAACAUCAGUCUGCUGUGUGGAGGUGGAGUCCAGACCAGGAAGACCUACUGUGUUCAAGUCCCUGAUGAUUCAGCAGCACAUUACAAGAAGGAAGUGUCCAGGCCUGUGGAUGCUUGGCUGUGCGAUGGAGAUGAUCCUCCAUUGGCCGCUCAGAACUGCUCAGUUCCUUGCCAGCAUCAGUGCUCGCUGUCCCAGUGGUCGCCCUGGAGUGCCUGCCUUCAUGAAAACUGCAAAGAACCUCAAGGGAAGAAAGGUUUCAGACAAAGGAAGAGAGAGGUGUUGUGGGAGUCCAGUAAUACUCCGGGGACCUGCCCUCAUCUGAUGGAGUUCAUCCCCUGUGAGGAUCCUGCCUGCUACCUGUGGCAAACCCAACAAAAAGGAAAAUGCAUUCCCACCAACAGCUCCUGUGGUCCUGGAACCGCAGUACAGAAUGUGACCUGUGUCGACGCUGAAGGAGGUGAUGUGCCCGACAGCCACUGUGUAGAAGAGCCUCCACCCACUGAGGAGGCCUGUGAUGUUGCCUGUUCUGCAGACUGUGUGGUGGGCUCCUGGUCCUCCUGGUCUUCCUGCUCACACAGCUGCGCCACAAAGACCGCAGAGGGCAAGCAGAGCCGCAGUCGCACAGUAUUAGCCAUCCCAGGAAAAGAUGGUAAAACAUGCCCAGCAGCCCCGGCCCUAGAGGAAUGGCGAGUCUGCAACGACCAUCCUUGCACUGUGUUUUACUGGGAAGCCUCAGAAUGGGGGCCCUGUACUGAGGACGCGCCUUCUAAAACCAAUGAAACUAGCUCCCGCAAUGAGACGUCCGCCUGCCCUGUUGGUGUUCAGAGCCGUAACGUCAGCUGCAUGAGGAGGAAUGCUGCUCCAGUCAUAAGUAGAAGGUGUUUAGAGUCUUCUCGCCCAGAAACUACCCGGCCCUGCUUGUUUCCCUGCAAGAAGGACUGUGUGGUGACCCCCUUCAGCGAAUGGACACCAUGUCCAGCGUCUUGUCUCUCAGAUAAUUCAACUGCUGCAAUGCAAUCUCGGUACAGAAUCAUCAUUCAGACGCCUGCUAAUGGAGGUCAAGAGUGCCCUGACACACUGUACGAAGGAAGGGAGUGUGACUCAGUUCGUGUAUGUCCGGUGUUUAGGUGGAGGAUGCACAAGUGGCACAGUUGUACCCUGGUGCCCGAUUCUGUUAGACGGGGAUUAUCGGGAUCAGGAGAAGCCUGUGGAAAUGGUUUAGAAACAAGAGGAAUCAGUUGUGUUGGGGAAGAUGGAGAGCCAGCCAACAUGACAGAGUGCCUGCAAUGGGCUGGACCCAUUCCCUCUCAGAUUAGAGAAUGCCGGGUGGCGUGCAAGGACGACUGCACUCUGACUGCUUGGUCCAGGUUUUCUGACUGCACCGGAUGUGGCAGCUCACGCACUCGCAGGCGUUCACUUGUAGGCCGUAGCAAAAAGAAGGAGCGUUGCCUGAAUCAGGAAAUGUACCCGCUGGAAGAGAACCAGACUUGUCCCUGUAAUGAGUUUUUGUCUCAGCCAUUUGGGAAUUGGUCUGCGUGCAUCCUUCCAAAUCCUCCGGUUUUCGAGUCACUGCACGGUUGGAUGAGGCACCGAGAGCUAAAAGAGUGCGGCCAAGGUCUCCGGUACAGAGCCGUGGCCUGCAUUGACCAGCGGGGACGCCUGGUUAACCCCGCGCUCUGCACAGACUCAGGCUACAUCGUGGAGGUUUGUCACAUCCCUUGCCCCCUGGACUGUAAGCUCAGUGAUUGGUCUUCUUGGUCGGCAUGCAGUUCCUCCUGUGGCAGCGGGCUGAAAAUCAGGUCCAAGUGGCUCAGAGAGAAAGCCUUUAACGGCGGACAGCCCUGCCCCAAGCUGGAUUUGAAGAACCAGGUAAGGAUGGUGGUGAAACUUGUAUCCAUGAAGCCUUUCAAAGCUCUGCUGCUGGUCAAUGAGGAAGAGGGCAGCAUCUAG